AUGCAGUCUCUUAUGGCUGCUCAUACUCCUUUUCAUUCUUCUUCUUCUUCUCUUGAUCUUGCUCUGGUGGAAUCCAAUUCCUUCUAUGAGGAUAUUAAAACUCCAGCUUGGUCUGCAGCCAUGAAUGAGGAAUAUCAAGCUUUACAAAAGCAAAAGACUUGGAUUUUAGUUCCUCUUCUAUCUGAUAAGCAAGCCAUUGGUUGUAAGUGGGUGUUUCGUCUUAAGAAGAAUUCUGAUGGUUCAAGUACUCAUCAUAAGGCUUGUCUUGUUGCUAAGGGUUAUUUUGAAAAGGAAGACAUUGAUUAUCAUGAAACAUUCAACCCAGUGGCUAAGCAUCCCAUCAUUAGAGUGUUUCUUAGUCUUGCUCUUCAUUAA